GAAGGGUGUGUCGCUCGCGCCCCUCCUCUCUACUACUCCUAAGCUCAGUGUUAGAGGUACAACAGCUUCCGCCACCACGCGAGGCACUGUUUCCCUGUAUAAGGCGCCCUAGUAAGACAGAAUAAUGCUACUGGCUCUUUCCGUUCACUAACAUUCAUCCAUCGUCAACUUUUCGGUGAAGGUUUUCGGGAGAAUUGUGAAAGGCCAAGAGUCACGAAAGAGCUUUGGGACUACCUCCUUUUUCCUUGGAUGUUCUGAUUUCACACUCAUCGCGCGCUGGUGAUUUUUUUCAUUAUUUCAUUUUAGAUGAGUCGUUCUGAAAAAAAUAAAUCAAGGAAAAAAUAAUAGCUUUAAUGGCACUAAAACUACGAUGGCUGAGUCCGAGCGGCCAGUGGAAACAAACAUUGUAGAUUGGAUGUGGAGGUAAAUUCACAGACUGAAACAGUACACGAAAAGCGAGAUCGCGGAGGUGAAGCGUGCAUGGUUGCAAGGGGUCCGAGCAGUCAGCCCUGCUCCUGUGGACCUGCUGGACACGUGCCUGCUGAAGAUGGGUAUUACGUAAUAGAAGAUGGGAAAUAAACAUUCGAAUGCGAAAUGCCAGUGCCCCAAAAAUGCUAAAAAGCACAAGCAACACCAUGAUUCCCGCAACCACAGCUCACACUGUGGCGACAAACACCACAGCAAGCCAAGCAUUCUUUACAGUCAACAGGACAAGCAGCACCAGCAGCCCAGACUUCACAAUCCGUACCACACAAACGUGGUCCACUGCAGAGGCCAUGCCAGCCAGACGUCGUCAUGGCUGCCGCCGCUGGAGAACUGGGACGCGGGCGGCCAGGCUCUCCCGUACGGGUGGGAGGCCGCUACGGACAAGGAGGGGAAGCCCUACUUUAUAAACCACCUGAACAAGACCACGACGUACGAGGACCCCCGCAAGGACUACCAAGACGAGCCCCCGCAGCCGCGCCAGAUAGAUCUCAUCCGGGAUCCUGAGAUGGGCUUCGGCUUCGUCGCCGGCUCGGAGAAGCCUGUCAUUGUUAGGUUCGUGACGGAGGGCGGCCCCAGCGUGGAGAAGCUGCUUCCCGGGGACCAGAUCCUCAUGAUUAACGGUGAGGACGUGAAGAAGGCGCCCCGGGACCACGUGAUCCAAUUGGUCAGGUCAUGCAAGGACCGCGUCCAACUCACCGUCACGCAGCCGCCCCUGGACAACUCGGAGCGGAAGUCGGCCCUGCUGAGCGCCGCCAAAAAGCAGCGGCUGAAGAACAACCCCUCCAGGGUCAGGUUUGCCGAGAGCGUCGAUAUCAACGGAUCGCCAUCGUAUUCUCCGUCCAACUUCAAUUCGAGCGAGUCAACCACGCCCUUCAUGCCCAACGUCCUGAAAGUGUUCCUGGAAAAUGGCCAAACUAAGUCAUUCAAAUACGACUCCAGCACGACGGUGGGCGACGUGCUGGACUCCCUCCACCAAAAGCUGGGCAUUAAGUGCCCCGAACACUUCUCUCUGGUGGUAGAACAUGUCAAGAGCCUCAGAAGGAAUAAACUUACCAUCUUAGACCCAAAGGAGACACUCUCCAGGAUUGCAGCACGUCCAGGCGCUCAGCAUCUGAGAUGCCUGUACCGUGUGACCUUCGUCCCCCGCGACGCCUACGAUUUGCUGAGAAAGGACUCGAUGGCCUUCGAGUAUCUUUACCUCCAGUGCUGUAAUGACGUGAUCCAAGAGAGAUUUGCGCCCGAGCUCCAGUUCGACGUGGCACUGCGGUUGGCCGCCCUGCACAUCCAGCAACACGCCCUCACCAACAACAUGGCUGCUAAGGUCUCGGUCAAAACCAUCGAAAAAGACUGUGGAUUAGAGCGUUUCGUGCCCUCGUCGUACGUAGACUCUAUGAAGCGAAAAGAGCUCCGGAAAAUUCUCUCCCACUUCUUAAAACUGAACUCAAACUUAACGGCGCCAGGACAGAAGCAGCUGACGGCGCUCCAGGCGAAGCUGCACUACCUCAAGAUCAUUUCGGAGCUACCCUCGUACGGAGCCAAAUGCUUCUCCACUAACAUGAAGGAUACCAACAUGGAGACUGUCAUAUUGAUCAGUCCAAGAUUUGGCAUCAGUCAGAUAACUGGAAUUAGGAACAGCAUGCCUGAGGCGUUGUGUGAGAUCGAGCAGGUGACUUCCGCGAGGGUGAGCCGCGAGGACGAGCUCUCCUGCAGGGUGGAGCUCUCCCUCAAAGACCCCGACAAAGAGAACCUGGUGGUCAGCCUUGAGGACCGAGACGCGGAGGAACUGGUGUUGGUGCUGCAGGGGUACUACCGCCUGCUCACCGAGAACCCCCUGGCCGUCACGCACAUCCGGGACCGCAACUCCGUGGACCAAGCCCCUCCGUACCACUCCCGCCACAAGGUGCAGGCCACCAACUGGAGCUACGCCACGACCAAUGAGGAAGACGACUCCCGCGGAACCGAGCGCUACGUGGACCUCAGUGUUCCUCCACCCUACAAGCCUCCUCCAGAAGGUUAUAAGGUCCCCAACGGCCACCUACCCGGGCUGGACAUGGACGAGACGGGAGUGUAUGUCAACAGUCGCCGCCAGAAUAUUCUUGACUCCAACAUGAACAAAACAAAUUCUGUGUACGAGAACGCAAAUGAUUCGAGCAGCGGUGCUAGCCCGACCCCCCAGAGCCACGCCUACCCCAGCCACCACGCCCAUCCGGCACCCGCAAGCCCCGCCCGACAGCCUCCUGCGGAUACCAAGAAGGUACACUUUAACCUGGCGACCAUCCACACGCACGCCCACUGUGGCCACACAGAGGACCGAUCUCAUGUGUGUGAGGCCAGGAACGAGGAGGUAAUCAAGCGCGUGGCCGAGUUGCAGCAGCUGGUGGAGGACGCUGAGAACUACCUGAGUGACGCGGACGGCGAAAUCACGGACGUGGAGAGUGUCCGAUCAGACCAGUACGGCAGACUCAAGCACUCAGACUCACUCCUACUUCUGACUCAGGGUCAGAAGCUGUUGCCAAAUAACGAGGUAGUGGAAAGUGAGGAGCGCUCGGGCAGUGACACCGACUCGCAGUCCACGCCCACGCAGAGCCCAGCGCAUCGUCCUGCCAAGCCACCGCAACGUCCCUCUUCAGUUCUCAAGCCAAGCGGGUCAUCGUUCGGCCUGCACUCCCCAGACAACCUGCCCCUCACCCUCCAGAACCGCGAGGACGACAUCAAGGCCCUCAUCAAGCAGCUGGAGGAUAAUUCAGGCCUGCCUUACACCUUCGCCGAGGGCACGCUCUACCUAGACCCGGAUAUCAUCGACCUCACAAUGAUCCCUCCGCCCAUCACCCCGGACGAGGUACGCCCGCAGGCAUAUGACGGCGCCAAAGUGUUCCCUCCGCAGCUGAGCACUCCGCCCACGCCUUUCGCAGACAGAGAGACGCUGGAGAAGGAACUCAAAGCCCUGGAGCAGGAUCUCGGAGACCUCAGGUCGCUCACCAAUCCGAGCUGGCUUGAUCAUGAUGCGAACGCAAGCUACGCUGAUUCCAUAACUACAGCAGGCGCCAGCGACACCGAAGACAGCAUGUCCCUCAGCAGCCUCAACACCAGCUUGGUCUCCAACGACUCGGUGUUCGCCCGUGCUGGCGGUGGCAGCGGCGGCGGAGGAGGCCAGGUGCUGGGGAGGAGCCCCAACUUCACGCUCGCCGCCCUUCGUCAGCUGGGUAUCCACCUGGAGGAAGGGGAGGACAUCGACUCCUUCAUCGCCAAUCUCACGAUCCCGCCGCCUCCCGAGGGAUCUGUGGAUCUUCAGACUUACGCCGAAAGCCGCAAAAUGGGCAACGAGUGCGACUUCUCGGCUUUCAUCAUCCCUCCCCCGCCGUCCUCAGACAACAAGGACAACCGAUCAUCUGAUAUUAUACGUAGAUUGUACGAAGCCAAAGAAGGAAUUAGUCGGAUGGUGGGUGACGAGGGCUCCCACAGCGACGCCGAAGGGGGCGAGAAGGACCUGGAGAUUGGCGAGGUCCGCGUGAGCUCCGAGACGAUGGCCAAGCGGGCCAUAGUUGGGAAGGUGGCGUCCCUGCAGCGGCGCUUUGAAGUUCCUCCCAAAGCAGCUGGCCAUGCUAGUCCCCCUAAUUCGAGUGCCUCCAUAGACAAUCGUCAGUUGUUACUCAAACUUAGCAAAGACAAGUCAAGCUCUCCUAGCGACUCUUCCGGGUAUGAUAGUCUCAGAUCUAAUAAUUCGAAUGUAGCAUAUGAGCUCGACGCCAAACUGGCACAGGCCUUAGAGGAAAAUGAUAAGAUGUUCAAAAGCUUCGACACACUCAAGAGAAAACAAAUGGCGAACACAGCUGCUUCCGCCGCCAGUCCCCAGGACAGCGGCAGCGAAAGCAGCAGCGAGAGGCCUCCCUCAGUCAUGUCGAGAGUGCGGACCUUCAAUACGGGGUCGCCGUGGGGCACGUCCUCGCUCCAGCGACCGUCAACCCUCCAGCGUCAGAUGACGGUGCCGGCCGGCAAGGCUGAGGCGAAGGACGAAGAUCCCCCGCCGCCCCCGCCGCGCACUCCGGUCACGCGCACGGGCACGCUGACCAGCCCAAGGAAGAGUGCUCCUUCGCCCCCCUCCAAGAUCCAGAGAAGUAUCUCCAUGAGUACAGGGAACCUCGUCAAGUCAGCCUCGCAAGGUGAUAUCAUGAGUCAGUCGGGUUCGAGUACCAUCCACAAGUCCCCCACAAAGAGCACCAAGUCCUCAGCCUCCAGCGAGGAUCUCAGCCAAGCCAAAACAUCCCCCGGGUCUCCCUCCAAGCAAAGUGUCGCUUCCAGUAAUGAUUCCCUUACGUCAUCCUCAAGCAUAGUGACAGUCAAGUCAGCCUCACUGAAGAGCUUGGAGACUGAUGAAGACCCCCCGGAGCUGCCGCCAAGAAAUGGCACCAAAGCUGCAAUGAAACCUCCGCUUCCUCGCAGUUCCUCACAGGAUAACGUGAAAGUAGCUCUGCAUAACAAGGGUAUCCGGUCGCCGUCGCCAGCACGGAAGACUUUGAGGAGUCCCUCUCCAGACAACAAUGAACGGCCGCCUUCGGUGCCUUCCAGACUUCGCAAGCCGCAGCUCAGCCCUUCCAGCUCUCCAACUAACAGCAUCCCCGGUACGCAUCGUCCCAGCACGUCGGGGAAGCUGGCUGCUCCCUCACCUCCCACACUCAGCAAAGCUCCAGCAGUUUCUCCCACAUCUCCGCGAGGAGGCUCGAGCUCACCACUAAAGAGUAGUCCAAAGACAAGCCGCAAGUCCCCUGCUGUAGAGGAGCAGAAGCCACAACUCCCAGCCAAGACUAGUCAGUCGCCAGCCCGGAGAGCCCCAGCUUCUCCGCCGGCAACCAACGGUGUUCGGAGCCCAGCGCGAUCUACCGGGAAGGCUUCCACGACCUCCAGACUGCCCAGACCCGACACCACAAGCGUAGCCUUGAAGAACAGCAUGAACCAAGAGACGGCUCCCCUCCAGACCUCUUCCCCCAAGAUGUCGCCCAAGGCCAAGAUGGUCAACGGCAAGGCGCCGACCAGCACUGACUUGGACGAUUCGCUCGAUUCCGGUAGCUUUGACCAGGACUCGCUGGAGGAAGCAGAGGAUGUGGAGAUGAUGCCCCCAGCAUCUCGUGAUGCCUUCCGCCGCCUUUCAUUGUUGGUUAGUUCGUCUCUCAAGUCCUUAACGGAGAUGGCAGCAGCAUGUACAGAAGCACAGCGGUCUGGCGGCACGGCCACGCAGGACGAGACCAAAUUCCAAGAGGCAAGAGACGCCCUCACCAGUGAGUCUCGACAGUUCGUGACUGCCUCCAAGUUGUUUGUCAAGUCAGCCACUGAAUCCGAAGACACGUUACUUCAGUGUUUAUCCAACUGCAUGACGUUACUGCAACGCAUGGUGGACGUAACCCUCCAGGUUGUGCACCAUACUACGACUCCUCUUCAAACGCAGAACGUCGUCGUAAAGGUGCGGGACGUGGCUACCACUUACCAGUCGACCGUGCGGGCGGCGCUGUCAGCGGCAGGGCGGGGCAUGGACCAUCCUUCCAUGAACACGCUCAUGACGCAGGCCACCAAUCUGGCCGGUGUCCUCACCGCUCUCAUGCGCACACUCAGAGUGUUCAGUCCGUGAGAUAUCUCUUGUUAGAUUUAUCAUGUUUCAUAGAAGUGCCGAUGUGUGAAUUAAUAUAUCUAUGUUAACCCUUGAAAAGGUUUGAGAAAUUUAAAGAAAUCUGCUAUCGAAAGUGCAAUGAAGGAAAACUUACAAAAAGUACUUAAUGUAUUUACACGUUUGUAGAUAUAGCAGUAGCAAGAAACCUGUUGCGCAUAACGUCAUUAUUUGUAGCCCGACAGCUUUUGUAAAUAUCGAUAGAAAUCUCAGGUAUUAUGAACAGUUGGAGAACAAUAAAGCUGGAGUGAAUCAAAUGAGAGUUUGAGGUAUGAGCAGAUUCGAGGAGGUCAGAUGGUUGGAGAGUAACAUAGCUAUUAAUAGAGCUGUAUAUUUCAAUACAUUGAUAUCAUAUGAAUGUGUGUGUAUAACUUAAUGCCUAACUUAACCACUGUCUUGCAUUUGAGGAAAUCUUUCCGAAUGUAUGUUUGUAACUCAAAUAUAUUUAAUAUUAUAGUUGUUAUUUUAGUUACUUUUUUAUUAAAAUUUUAGUCACAAAUGUCACCGUUCUUUGUUUCGAGGAUUUCAACAGUUGUGUUUGUUAUGAUAAUUGUAACUCACAUUUCGCUUCCAUUCUCCAUUAUUUUAUAUAAUUCAUAUUUACGUUCCCCCACCAGUGUCGCCCUGUUGAUGUAUAUAUCGUCUGUACAGCUGUAAGACUGAUGACAUGUGAGCCCAAGAUCCGAGUCGCAAGUCAGUGUUUUUUUAGUGUAACCGCUGUAUUUUCUGCUAAAUAUAGUGUUACAGAGUAUGA